AUGCAGUGUGGCCGCAAAAACCCUGGUCUAUUCUUACGGCGCUGUUUCUCCUCAUCUGCGCCGCGUCACGAGAUCCGCGAUGUUCGCGCCUUAUCGCAACGGCUGAUCCCCAAAUACCAAGAAUCCCAAGGCGAACUUCUUUCUCUCCAGUGGCCAGCGCCGCCGCGAAACAUCUUGCUGGUGCGCAAGCAUUGCGCUCCAACUGUGACCGAAUCCCUCAUUGAAUUUGCCAAUCACAUCACCUCCACCUAUCCAUCCACCGCUGUCGUCCUCGAAUCCAAGACUGCUGCCGAGGUUCAUUCGUCCCUGCCGUUUCCUGUGUACUCUGCCUCCUUGGACGAUGAUCCCACCGCAUUUCAUAACAAGGUGGAUCUUACGGUGACACUGGGUGGAGAUGGCACCAUUCUCCAUGCCUCUUCACUCUUCGCUACCUGCUCCAACGUCCCCCCAGUCCUAUCGUUCAGCAUGGGUACUUUAGGGUUCCUCAGCGAAUGGAAAUUCUCCGAAUUUAAACGGGCGUUUCGAGAAGUUUACAUGUCCGGGGCCGGGGUUGGAGACCGCACGCCUAUGCUGGAAGACAAAUUACCAACAGCAGAGAGUGGAGAGUCCACGCUUGAAUCAAUGGGACCGACAGGCUGGUCCUCGGUCCGGGGUAAGUCCAUGGGAUGUACCCGUGGAGCCCCCAUUUUGAUGCGCAAUCGACUCAAGGUUGGACUAUUUACGGUCGAUGGUCAUGAAACGACCCCCAUCCGCGGCAAAAGUGACCAAGGGGAUGGAGUCUACGUCAUGAACGAAAUCCUUAUUCACCGUGGAAAGGAACCGCACCUUGCUGUGGUGGAUAUCUCCGUCGGGGGCCGCUUUCUGACCGAGGCCGUAGUCGACGGUAUCAUUAUCUCCACCCCGACGGGCAGUACAGCAUAUAGUCUAAGCAGUGGUGGCAGUAUCGUACAUCCGUUGGUGCCUUCCAUCCUGCUGACGCCCAUCUGCCCGCGUAGCCUCAGUUUCAGGCCCCUCGUGUUGCCGUUGAGCACGCCGAUCACCAUGCGGCUCAGUGAUAAGAACCGUGGUCGAGAACUGGAGGUCAGUCUGGACGGGGUCAAUCUUGGCCAAGGGAUGGCGACUGGCAUGGAGGUCCGAGUGUGGAAUGAGGAGAUGCGACAAGGUAUGAAUGAAUGGCAGGGCGGCGUCCCCAGUGUUAUGCGGAGAAGUAUGGGGGAUGAAGCGCAUGAAGGGUGGGUUGGUGGCUUAAAUGGAUUACUCAAGUUCAACCAUCCAUUUGGUGAAUAA